AUGGUUUUUUUAGUAUUUCUCGAUCAUAUUCGACUCUGGGCAGGUCUUCUUUCACUAUUAGUAUUUUUAUAUGUUCGAAAUUUUCAUAUAACAUAUACGAUCUUUGGAGGUGGAGUUGUGAGAAUAAUUGUUGAAAUCCUAAAACGCAUAAUUCGUGAGCCACGUCCGAUCAAUUGCAAGCGAAAAAAAAAAUCCUAUGGAAUGCCAUCAUCUCAUUCAGCAAUUGUAAUUUAUUUUGCAAUUUUUUUUUCAUUACAAUUAUAUACUUCAUCUUUAUAUGAAUUUUUUGAUUUUAUAUCCAUACAUACUAUUCAAAUUACCUCACCCAUAAAAACUUUUAUAAAAUUGAUAUUAUUCUCGCUGAUUUCAUUAACUGCAUUGUCUGUCGUUUGGUCAAGAGUUGCGUUAGGUUAUCACACAAAAAAGCAAGUAAUCGUUGGAAUGGCAUUAGGAUUUUGGCUUGGAAUUAUUUGGUAUAGGUUGUGGUGGGGAUAUUGGAGCAAAACUUGGAUUGGACAAGAGUAUCAUCUUUUUUGA